UAUCACGAGCGGGAACGAAAAGUUGAUCGCGAGUAUUUGGUGGAUAGCUGCGUCAACCUAUUGUUCGGUGAUCUUAUUUCUUUUUUCAUCGGAAGGACCUUGAAACAAGGCAAAGAGAGGACCCCACAGCCUGUGUUGGGAAGUGAAAAGUGGAAUAACAGUGACGAACACUUUUUUGACUCUAAUUAGUCACGCAGUGUCUGGUGGCGCAAAUUCUAAGUUGAGCUCGCUUGGAUCGGAGAAUAGUGAACUAAAUUAAGGAGAAGACCCGAGAUGCUCCGAAUUAUAUUUGUUUUAGUGGUGAGCGCACCAGCGCUUCUGUUGGCCGGUCGGAUUCAACUGGUUAACCUAACGCCGGAGGAAGCUCAAAAGUAUAUCACACAGCAGAGCUUGGAUUUGCGGUACGCCAAGAAACUGGGUGAAUACCCGUUAGGUUAUUUCAGGAAUAUACCGGAUCCAUCGAAAACAAAUUUUUUCCACAAGGGACGAUUGAUUGACCAUCCCGAGGAUUAUGUAGAGGAAGGCUAUGAAGCGUCUCAAUUUCAUGGACAGGACGGAUUAGGCCGAGCAAUGUUCGGUUACUCCGACUACAACCAGGCACGAUUGGAGGCACGUAACGCGAACGGUGAAGUUCGUGGUUCGUAUCAAUACGUUGACCCCACCGGUCAGGAUAUUGUUGUUCAAUAUUGGUCCGAUAGUUUGGGAUUCCAUCAGAUGGACAACCGACCGGAAGUAGUGUUGAAGCCCGUGACGGAAACACCGGAGGUUCAAGCAGCUCGAAUCGCCCAUUUGAAAGCUUAUAAGGAGGCCGCCGAGCUAGUACGAACUGGUGGCCCGGCUUAUCCUUUCCGUCGCCCUGUUCAAAAUGGCGUUGAAGAAGAGGAAGACGAAGUAGUCGGUGCUCUGUCUAACCAGCACCAGAGCCUGGUUCGUUAUCCGAGUCUACCCUAUGAUAAGCACAUUUCAGCGGAGACAUCACCGGCAGCGUCAAAUGAUGCAGUCGUAGUUGAAGCGAAGCACACUCUAACGAAACGUCAAAAUCCGGAAGGAAGUUACAAGGAAGAGGAGGAAGAACCACAAUAUGAUCCAAAAGGAUUCUUUUAUAGUUUCGAAUAUCCGGUGUUUAACAUCGUUGAAACCGAACAAGCCAGAACACGGUCUCAAACUCAAACCAGUCCGAAAACCAAACGAUCGAAUCCCGAAGAAGAAAUCAAGGUCGAAAGUGAACCUACAGUAGCUGUGAUUGCCGACGCCGAAGCACCCGUCGAAGUACCAGAACCAGCUGUUAAGAGUUCGAUUGAUGAACAAAAGCCAGAGAAACCAGAAGUUUCUGAAGACACCAGGGUGUCACUAAAAGCCGUUCUAGCCGGGGAGCAACUGGUUGCAGCAGUGCACGAUGUGCAGGUAUCCCCUAAGCAAAAACUGAACGAUGCAGAGUAACUUUGAUUUCUUUUGGUCAAAAAUGCGAUCCUAUAAUUUUGAACAAUUGAUUUACGAUAAGCGAAAUGCAACGGAUCUCCUCCUUCUCGCACAGAAAUUCUACGCAACACUGCAAAAAAACUGUAUAAAACGCCAUAAAGGUACAACCAAACAGGAACGUACAAUCACACAGGAACAAAAGAACAGCGGAAUAAAAUACUCA